CAUUGACAUUGGUUGAAAUUUAUAAAAACAUUACAAUUUUAUCAUAAAUAGAUUUAUUCGGUGGAAAAAAGGAAUUCUUGUAGUUUUGCAUAUUUAUGCGGUACUUAUGGCGCAAGUCAGUACUCCACAGUCCUCAAACGAUGAAAGUCUUAAGGAGAUGUUCGAUAGUGCGAUGAAAAUGUUUAAUGACAUAGAAAAUGGCAAAGAAGCUACCAACAGUGAUCCGGUUCAGAUGACAAUUAAAUCUGCAAUAGGUAAAUUUGAGAAGACAACAAACCGUGUCUCGCUGUUGGAAAUGUUCAGUAAGAAUGAGAGCUUUGAAGAGUUGCCAACGGACAGCCUGCAGUACCUGCUGCUGCCUGCACUACUCGGGACUCUGACGUUGAAGCUGUGUGGCAGACCCAGGAAGGAUAUCAUAGAUGUCGCUGAAGUUUAUUUUAAAGAUUUUUUAACAAGAUGCAAAGAUUACGGCCUCACAGAUGUGAUGGUGUCACCCAGUGAAAAUGAAACACAAACCAUAAGCACCCGACCACAGAGUGAAAUAGCUAAAAUAACCAGCAUGGUUCAAUCAAGAGAAGCAAAGAUCAAGAGAUACAAAGAGGCUAAAGAGUUAAAAGAUAAAUUAACAAAUCUGUCUAAAGCGAUGUCAUUGGUCGGCGUGGAGGAGGAGACAAAGCGGGAAUACGCUAAGACAAUGCUACUGCAUUAUAUCAAUCAAGCAGUGGACGAACUGGCCAGUAUUGAACAGGAGAAACCCAUCUUAGAAUACAUGGCGAAACAUAGUGGAGAACCGAAGCCAAGACAGAAGGAGCGGUCAGCGCCACUGAAGCCAGUGAUAAUAACCCGCGAUGCGAUACAGAAGGCGGUGUUCGGCGCUGGCUACCCCUCCCUGCCCACAAUGACUGUGGAGGAAUUCUAUGAUAAACGAGUUAAGGAGGGAACAUUCCCCGGGCCAAACAUACCUCAUACUAGGAUACAAUCUGCGGAGACGGAUCAGGAUGAGGCGGAACAAAUACACAAGGAGCGUCUCAUCGAGGAGGACGAUCCCGAGGAGCUGGAGCGACAACGCAACAUGGACGAGUACAAGGACGACCAUCGCCGUGGUUGGGGCAACAGAUACAAUAGGAGUUAGUGACAACGCCAUCUAGCGUCUGACUUGUUAAUUGUUCAAGUGCACCAGACGAAAAAAACUACGCCAUCUAGUGACAGAUUUAUAAUCGUCCAAUUUUUAAUACAAAGCGUUUCACAUAUGUACAGGAGUUUUAGCAUGGUUCAACGCCAUCUAUUGAUGUUUUUGUGUCAUUGAGCAAAACGAACACUAUUUUAGGUUUGUGCUCGUAACGUGCUAAUAUACGCGAAUUAUAACGUUUGAAAUAAAUGGU